AUGGAGGAGCAGGCGCCGAGGAAGCAUCCCUCUACGGACGGCCAUCUUCCUGUUUCCCUCUUCGUCUUCUCCUUCUCGCUCCUCCUGCUCCUCUUCCUCCUCUUCCCGGCGGCCGAUCGCGCGCCGCCGUGCUCGCCGGCGGAGGGCGGCGCCGCCUGCGCCGCCGCGGUGGAGGAUGCGAUGCGGCGGCGGGAGAUGCAGCAGCAGGCGGUGGCGGGAGGAGGGGGGCGGUACAUUAGCUACGAGUUCCUCCGAGCAGACGUGGUGCCGUGCAACAGGCCGGGGAUCCCCUACUACAACUGCCACGCCAUGCCCAGGGCCAACCCUUACUCCAGGGGAUGCCUCACCAUCACCCGCUGCGCCAGAGACUCCGGCCCUUGA